GGCUCGGUUCUUUUACAGUAGUUCCAUGGCCUGUUGAUGCAAGUCAAGUGGACAAGGACUGCCACAUUCGAUUCCAGCAUGACGAAUGCUGGUGAACUUGAACAAGGCUCCAAGCUGCGUCGGCCACUUGGAGACUUGGACGAUGCGGGCUCGACUCCACGGAAGACCAAGCGGCUCAUGGUGGUGCACAGCAACGCGACACAUGCCACCCCACUCAAACACCAAACUGGGACAGCCACAACUGUGUCGUACGAUAUCCAUCCCCGCACAAGUCUGGCUUUGUCGACAGGUCCAGCCAUCACUGCGUUGACCUUGUCUUCGGCCGCCACCAUCCAACACACCGCUGAAAUCACUGCUCCUUCACUUGACCCCAUCGCUCCAAUUCGAGGCGUUAACAAUGGCAAGAAGCGUAUCCAGGGGUGCAUUGUCAGCUGCUUUUACUUGCACCUUGAUCCAGAAGCGAAAUUGCCCACCGGCGUCCGUUCGCGUCUUCAGAAGCACCAGCUGGCCCACUUUGCCUUUGGCGGAGGCAAACUCAAGUCGCUCAAACUCGGCCGCGACAUGUUUGGCUCGGCGGUGGAGACGCUCAACACCCGCCGCUUGGGUCGAAACCAUUGCAAGUUGACGCACGAAAGGGGCACCCUGUACGUUGAACGCUGCAGUCCAGGCAGUGUCGUCGUGAAUGGGGUGCAUCUCGAGCAACACAGACGUGUGGCACUUCGGUGCGGAGACAAGGUUGCGCUGCUUGAAAAGCCGACGUUGUCGUUGGUAUAUGUCGUGUCGCGCAAGUUUUAUUUGCUCCAAGCCUCGAGGCGGUCCAUCCCUAGGCACGAUCGCACCCACACAAUCGCUGUGUGCGCGGCGGCCCCUCUCGUGGGCCUCGACCGCCAAGGCAAUCUCCAUCCUAUUCCAGAAUUGGAGGUAGAACGGCACUUGGCGAUCAUAAGGGAAUGUACAGCACACCGACCCUGCGUCCACGUCAAGCUGCAUGUUGCCACGUGGCCAGCUCUGCACAGUCUCCUGUCGUGGGGCUGCCAGGUUCUCCAUUUCUUGGGCCAGGGCAACCAUGAACAUGUGUACUUGGAAGACCAUCUUGGGUUGGUGCAUCCGCUCACGUACGUCGACUUUUUCGGCAUGCUCGAGGUCACCUCGACCGCGUCCAAACGCACCCUCAAGCUGGUUGUGCUCUCGUACACGCCGUCGCGAAAACUAGGUACUAGCACGAGAGGUGGCUUUGCCGUGGAAACUGAUGACCUUUCCUUCUUUGAGCAAUUGAUGCAACGAGAGGUUGUUGGUGGUGGUGUAGUCAACGCGUUCGUUGCCCAUGGUGUCCCCCACGUACUCGUCGUGAAUAACCCGAAUUGUUUGAGUGCAUUUUACACUGCGCUCACGGGUGGGCACAGUGUCCAACAAAGCGUGAACAAGUCGUUGGCCGCGGUCGGUUAUGUCGCAUCUACAGCGCCAUCGCUCGUGGACGCGACACCGUCCGACCCUAACCCUCCUCCCCUUCAGCUGUAUCCUGGGGGGUUGCACGAUGAAAUCAUCUUUCGCCGAAAGGUUGGCUCGAGCGACCCUUACAAAGCCCCAAUGCCAGCGGGGGCAACAAUUGGUCGUCGAAGUUCAAGAGAGCUCCCCGCACUGCCCCCCAGCGCCGAGAGCCGCCCCGCCGACGUGUUUCGGCUUUGCGAACUCUUGGCCACGAAUUCUCGCCUCGUCACAAUCACAAGCACGCUAAACGACGUCGACACUGAGGUUGCAAUUGCGCUGGCUCAUCGAGUGGACUCGAGGCAUAGUAUUCUGGGCUUUGGUCAUCGCAUUGUGUGUGGCUUUGUCUCGGCAUUCAUGCAGAAACGAGCGUCCGAAAGCGGCAACUUUUGCAUGUGGACGUAUGUCCGCAAGGUCACUCGCACACACUCCACUACCAACACGUACAUGCGUUUCAUUUCAAUCGACCAAACAAUUUAUGCAGCCUGAUGUGUCCCGUAGAACGAAGUGGCCCAGCCUGAUCGUGCUUAUCGGGUGCGAUCCAUGGCUGGCAGACGAACACACGAGCGCUGGAUUUCGUGCGAUGCUCCAAACGUGGUUGGACGCGACGGCCCACUUGAAAGUAGUCCUCACAGCUACCACUGCCGUGACGUCCACCCACAAGCUCCAGCAUAUCGCCGAAGACAUGUACGACUAGAGCUUUGUCUAGUGUGAGACAGCUUGUGUUUGCUUGUCAUACAGAGUUCUCAUUCGUAGCUACCCCUUGGAAAACCACAGCAGCGACGUGUCCGACGAACCCACACCACACUUGAAAACCUCACCUGCUUCCGACGCUGCCCUCGUCAGCAGUUCCCAAGAAGUCCCCCUCCUCCGUCCCGCAGACAAGGAAGAAUUGAACGCCCGGUUCCAAACCCUGGCCUUGUUGUAGCUGUAGUUAUACCCAAUAAGGCCACGUGUAAUGAUAUAGCAUGGGACGGCUGGUAUUACAUGGUAGUUAGAUAUAUGUGAGAUUCAAUGGCUGUUGGUUGUCGCGCUGGUUGCGCAGCCGAGACACUUCGCCAUAGAGACGAUGGCUGCGCCACAGCGCCUGCAGCAUGUUGUAUCUGUUCGUGUCGAGCUUGAGUGGCCGCCCACGCUGCAGCCCCGGGUCUUCUUCACCGUGGGAGUCCACAUACGGGCUUGGAAAGUAGGCCACCAUGGAGCCAGCGAUCAGCACCACGCGGCAUUGCUGGAGCAUCAGGACCGCGCCAAGCCCACCGCCGCACUCAAACGCGUGGCGCGUACACUCUCCCAUGGGGGGGUUGCCCUUGACAUGGGAGUACGCACAGCACGACUCGCCGCAGCAGAGCAGCGUGCCACAGACGAGGCACAGCCCAGGCUCUCGGGGGACGCGGUCGCAGCGUUGGCACUUGAGCCGGACGUGGUGGCUGUAGAGAUCGUCGUACUGGGUCGGCAGCGCAACCAGCUCGAGCGGCGCCGCCGUCCGGUUGUCGCGCAGGAUAAACAUGUUGGCCAAGUAGGCUUCGCUCGUGUGUUCGGCGUGGUCGCAUCGGUUGGUCGCGUCUUGGGACGCCGCCCCAAGCUCCAUCUGCGACGCUUUUCGGAUCACACACCACUCCCAAAUCGUCUGCAGCGCGUCCAGCGGCACUUGGCUCACGUCCUGGAACGACGGCGGCGGGAUCGGCAACGGUAACGAUUUGUCCGUCAAACACCCGUACACGACAUGCAUUCGACGCACGAGCAGCGCGUUCAGGUCCACAAUCGCAUCCACUGCGACAACGUCCACCGCGGGUUUCAACCGCAGCGUCGGGUCAACUUCGCACAGGCGCAGGACCAACUGCAGUGCCCCGACCGCUUGCAACUCGCGGCGAGUCGGCGCGUGUUUCGAGUGGCGGGUGGCUUUGG